AUGGACCUUCUCCUCAGCCCAGUGGACACAGAGAUCAUCAACGUGGUAGACACGUGUCAUCCCCUUGGGGAGCAAGGGGCAUCGCGGGAAGAGCGCCUCUCUCAGGGGGACACGGUUGACCAAGGGGAGACUCAGAAUUUGGGAGGCAGGAAACCCGUGGCGGGAAUCCAGUGGAUGGACGGCGUCACCUAUGGGACUGUCUUCGACCUGCUCUACUUUGUCAACCUGAUUUCUAAUGGACAGACAGAGUCCCUCGCACACCUGGCCAGAGAGACGGGAGUGCUGCUGAACAAGGCUGACUUGGUCCCGAAGGAGGGGCGGUACCGCAUCAACUCAGAUGUGUUCCUGUUUCCGUGGAAGCCGACCUUCCGGAACCCCUGGCGGGGCCAUGUCCCCAAGGGGACUUUCGGAAGAGUCCACCUGGCACAGGAUACAGAGACGGGCAAGCGAAUGGCCUGCAAGCUGAUACCUUUGAAGGACUUCAGAUCAUCCGAAGUGGAGAUCCAAGCCCGUCUCCGGCACACGAACGUGGCGCAGCUCUACGGCGCCGUGCUCUGGAACGGGACUGUGCACCUGUUCAUGGAGGCUGCCGAAGGGGGCUCCGUGCAGGAGAAGCUGGACACCUGGGGACCCAUGAGGGAGACGGAGAUCAUCUGGAUCACCAAGCAGAUCCUCGGGGCCCUGGACUACCUGCACUGCCGCCGAGUCAUCCACCACGACACCAAGCCCAGCAACAUUGUCCUCAUGUCUUCCAAAGCAGUCCUGGUGGACUUUGGGCUCUCGGUGCAAAUGAGUGGGGACAUUUUCUAUCCAAAGGACUUUCGAGGGACGGAGAUGUAUAUGAGUCCAGAGGUGGUCGUCUGCAGGGGUCACAACACCAAGGCUGACAUCUACAGCCUGGGGGCCACCAUCAUCCACAUGCAGACUGGCUACCCGCCCUGGGUCAGAAGAUACCCCCGGCCCGCCUACCCCUCCUACCUCUACAUAAUCCACAAGCAGGCGCCACCCCUGGAGGACAUCGCGGACGACUGCAGCCCUGCAAUGCGCUCUUUUCUGCAGCUUGCUCUGGAGAGGCACCCUGGGCAGCGUGGCACCGCAAAGCGGCUCCUGCGCGACAAGGCCCUCCACCCCCUGCGGGAGCAGCACCCCCGCUGCUGGAGCCUCGACUCGGUCCUUGGAGAGGGGUCCCGUCACCCGGGACAGCAGCGCAGCCAACUGUGUGACACUCUUAAAGACUUCUCCCUGUCCACCAUGAGGACAUGA